AUGACUAAGCACUCCGCUCAGAGGAUCUCGCGACAUAGCAGGUCCGAGAUCAAGCCUGGUGUAAUGCCCCGCACCUUCCGCCUCAAUAGGGCAGCUGUCUGUUGCGCUCAAGUGGUAACUGCGCUCCCCAAAAGGCCCUUUUUAUCAUUACGAGUACCCAUCUCACAGAGUUUUUCUCAAAAACCAAACCUCACUUAUCGCACAUAUCUCACAGACUCUAUUCGUGUCCACCAAGAAAAGAAAAUGGCUCCCCAGCUCGACGGUUUCUUCAAGCAAGUCGACAGCUCCGCCGACCACUUCAUUGAGCGUCUGCGUAAGGCUGUUGCCAUUCCCUCCAUUUCUGCCGAAGAUGCCCGCCGACCUGAUGUCGUCCGCAUGGGAGAGUGGCUCGGCGACGAGCUCAAGGCUCUUGGAGCUUCUGUAGAGCUUCGACCUCUUGGAAAGCAGCCCCACAAGGAGUAUCUCGACCUUCCUCCUGUUGUCCUUGCACGAUAUGGAAACGAUAAGAACAAGCGCACUAUCCUCGUCUAUGGCCAUUACGAUGUUCAGCCUGCUGAGAAGAGCGACGGCUGGGCCACCGAGCCCUUUGACCUUACCGUUGACGACAAAGGUCGCAUGUUUGGACGUGGAUCUACAGACGACAAGGGUCCCGUCUUGGGCUGGUUGAAUGCUAUUGAGGCUCACCAGAAGGCUGGCGUCGAUUUCCCUGUCAAUCUGCUCAUGUGCUUCGAAGGUAUGGAGGAAUAUGGUUCUGAAGGCCUUGACGACCUGAUCAAAGAGGAAGCCAAAAAGUACUUUGCCGAUGCUGAGGCCGUUUGUAUCUCGGACAACUACUGGCUUGGUACCGAGAAGCCUUGCUUGACCUACGGCCUUCGCGGUUGUAACUACUACUCAGUCGAGAUUUCCGGCCCUGGUGCCGACCUCCACAGUGGCGUCUUCGGUGGCACCGCCCAGGAGCCCAUGACCGAUCUUGUCAGGGUUCUCGGAUCGCUCGUCAACACUGGCGGCGAGAUUCAGAUCCCUGGUAUCAAGGAGCAGGUUGCUCCUAUCACUGCUGAUGAGGAAGGUCUUUACGAUGGUAUUUCUUUCACCAUGGACAACAUCCAUGAGUCUUUGGGUAGCAAGACAACCAUCUUUGAUGAUAAGAAGCGCACUCUUAUGGGCCGAUGGCGAUACCCUUCACUUUCUAUCCAUGGUGUGGAGGGCGCUUUCUCUGCUCCCGGAGCCAAGACCGUCAUUCCCGCCAAGGUGAUUGGAAAGUUUUCUAUCCGAACUGUUCCUGACAUGGACAUUGAUAAGACCAACGAAGCUGUGUACAAAUACGUUGAGGACCAGUUUGCCAAACUUGGCAGCAAGAACACUCUCAAGGUUUAUGCUCAGCACACCGGUAAGUGGUGGGUUGCUUCGCCAAAGCACUGGAACUUCUCAGCCGCUGCCAAGGCUGUCGAGCGUGUAUGGGGUGUUGAGCCUGAUUACACUCGUGAGGGUGGAAGUAUCCCUGUCACUCUGACUUUCGAGGAGGCCACAGGCAAGAACGUGCUCCUGCUACCUAUGGGCAGCUCUACAGAUGGUGCUCAUUCUAUCAACGAGAAGCUUGACAAGCGCAACUAUAUCGAGGGCAUUAAAUUGUUGGGAGCUUACUUGCACUAUGUUGCUGAGGAGCCUCAAUCUUAG